GCAGCAGCCGGAGGUGACAGCGACGCCUUAGCCUCCUCCGUUGCUCUCGGAGCCCGGGCUUCCCCUGCACCCGGAAAGCGCCCCCUCCUGAGAGGCUGGUGCCUGAGAAGUGCUAACGAGCUGCAGGAAACCAAAAUUUAAAAUGUGGAAGUCGCUGGGCUGCAUUCCUCCGAGGACGAGCCUGAUCGCCCAGGACUGAGUGGCAGGGUGUGGGAAGUUGUGACCGUAGAGCAAGGGGGGAGGGGAGUGGUGCAGCCGGAAUUCUCUUCUGGAAGGAGUCGUUGGGAGCAGUGCAGUUGGACACAAGUUUGCCUGGGAGUGUUCUCCUUUUGUCAAUAAUUAAUCACCGGAAUCAAGUCUAGCAGAAUUGGAGUUUUAGCAAUAGUGCAAAGGGCGGGGCCGAACACCUAACUCCGGGAGGCUCCAGGCUCCCAGCGCAGUGGGAAGCUCGCCGCAACUGGGGAGGAGCCAAAGCGCUGGUGCUCACCUAAGCCGCAGGGAAAUACACCCAACCGGGAGAUGAAGAAACUGCAACCCAGAGAGGAGAAGUAACGCACACGGAAUCAUUUCUCGAAGGAGCAAGGACAAGAACCCAGACCUGGACCCUCCUAGGACAGACUUUCUGCAGCUUGAAGGAGCCAACCAUGGAUUUCAAGCGUGUGAAGGACUAUUUCUCCUGGCUCUACUAUCAAUAUCAAAUCAUUAGCUGCUGUGCUGUCUUGGAGCCCUGGGAACAAUCCAUGUUCAAUACCAUCUUACUAACUAUUUUUGCUAUGGUGGUGUAUACUGCCUAUGUUUUUAUCCCAAUCCACAUUCGCCUGGCUUGGGAAUUUUUCUCCAAAAUAUGUGGCUAUCACAGUACAAUUUCUAAUUGAUCUUGUUUGCAUUCUGUGAACUGGCACUGCAUAUGUGUGUGUUGCUUACAACAUAUUGAUUUAGGUGAAUGCUAUGGCUUCUUUUGCUGCCUGACCUGAAAAUCUCUCUCUUCUCUAUGCACUCUUAUAUCCUGCCUGAAACUUGAGACAGAUGUCUCUUUAGGUUCUUUGGUACAUGCUACAUUGUGCAUCAGACCAUAGAUAACACAGUGACCUUACCUCACAUACCAUAUUCUCUCAACUUAAAUCUAUGACUUCUGAUUUUGUUUUUAAUCAGGAAAUUUCAUAUAAACUUUUCCUGGAAAGUAGGCUUAUAAGAGACCUACCAGAAUCAUUUAAAAUGCUCCCUUGAUACUGAUUCUACAGUGAAGGAUAUAUUUUUUUUAAAUUUGUUUAUAGGCUACUGUCAAAAGUAUCCUAUCCUUGUUUACAAUACACAAAAAUGUCAGAAUAAAUUAUAUAGACCCCCGAAAGUCUUAUUUUCUCAUAACCUGCUGAUACCUAGAAUUUUUUUGCUCCCAAGUGCAAAAGUCUAGGUUGAAGGCAAUUAUCUCCUCACAGACAUGGUUCAUGAAUUGCUUCAAAUGUCUCUAAAAGUCUGGCUUUAUAACAGUUUAACAUCAACAAUGUUGACUGUAGAUAACCCAGUAAGUAUUCUAAUAUGAAAUAAUUUAAAGUGUAUGAAACAAAAUAUAAUCAAAGUAAACACAGAUAUUGUGACUUGUGAUGCUGCCUUGCCUUGCAUGAUGCUAGGGGGGAAAGAGACAAGAAAUUGCUUCCUUUCUGUGCUUUCACUCAGCGGAAUAGGGGGAAAAAUCAUGUAUUGGGCUACAGGAAGAAAAGCUAAUAAAUAGGCUGGAAGUAAUAUUCUACCAGCAGGAACUCUACAGCUCCAGUUAAAUGCUUUGAUAUAGUGGCUCCUUUGCAGAGCAAAAACAAGACUUAUUAAAUUUCCUUCAAAGUGUUUAUCUUAAAAACAAAUACAAAAUUUUAAUUAUACUGCUGAAUCAAAUUUGAAUGUCAAAAACCAAGCCUUGCAGUUUUUCUUUUCUCUCAAUAAAUAUUAAUGUUAGUAAUUCUGGAGGAUAAAAAUGUAAAUAGUUUUUGACAACAUUUGCACCUUUGUUUAUGUGAUGAAAAAAAAAAUUUCCAAGGAGAUCUAGAGAGAAAGAUGUUUGGCAUGCCAAACUAACUUGCAUGUUUGUUGGAAAACGAACACACGUUUUGAAGAUAAACCAGAUCUGAAUGUGUAUUUGUUGAUUUUAGCAAAAUAAAAUUAGGUUUAAUUUUAUAAAUAAAA